UGAAGGGACAGGUGUUACAUGGUAUGUAGUUUUGUAUAAGCUAGAAAAGAAAAUGGGAAAGAAGACAAAUAGACGAGGUUCGAAGAGUGAUGAGAUGCCGGGUGAGCACGAGGCCGAGGGAGAUGUGGGGCUUGAUGGGGAAGCUUGCAAGAGCAGCAGACAACAAGGCAAGCUAAGGAGAAGCAAGCGAUGCAACUCGCCUUUAGACUUUCAGGGGGAAGGAGCCUCAAAGUUCAAGAAAACAGAUGAAAAGAGUGAGCUUGAUGAAAGCGAAAAAAGAAAGCAGAGUACAAGAGGAAGAAAGAGAAUAACAUCUACCAAACAAGACACAUCAUCAAAGAAGAAAAAACUUAGUAUGACUAAAUCAGAAAAUUCAAGGGCAGAAAAGAUGAAUAUUAAAAAGUGUAAUGUGAAGCUAAGUGAUGUUAAAAAAUCUAGGCCUGAAUUAAUUAAAGAAAAUGAAUUAAAUGAAAACCAAGAUGCACUCUGUUCAAAAAAGAAAGAAUCAAAGGAAGGAAAACAAAAUAAGAAUAAAGGAGUGAAAAACAAGCAACAAAUAAAGAAAGAAGAAAUGGGAAAAGACAUUUUAUCAUUAGAUAAAAACAGUAAAGAGACUGAAACCAAGAAAGAAACAUUGGUGAAAGAAGAAACAAAUGAUGGAAGCGAGGAGAGUGACGAAGAUGACUGGGAAGAAGUUGAGGAAUUAGAUAGUGUGCUAGAAAGCCCAGUGAAGUCAACAGUAACAAACAAGACAAUUGAGAUAACACUUGACAAUCCAAACCAGGCCAAGAAAAGGAAAAAAGAGGAUGAAUGGGAAGCUUAUUUUCGUCGGGAAAUCAAUCGACACAACAAGGAACAGCAGCUUACAUUCCACAAGGCCCACCUCCUCUGUCUUCUAGCCCUUGGACAGUAUUGCAAUAGUGUAUGCAGCAACAGGACACUGCAGGCUCUAUGUAUGUCAGUCAUUCCAAAUAAAUUUACUGAAUCUGGAGAGUUUGAUUUUGCAUUCCUUAAUAGAUUUGUCCGUUGGUUCCAGUCUCUCUUUAAAAUAAUGUCUACAACCAAGGAGGACAACUACAAGAACUUUGAUGAAGUACUAUGUAGUCGGUUUGAGAAGUUUGAAGCAGCAAAUGAAACAGAAUUUGUCCAUAUAUUUGCAAGUUUGUUACGGUGUCUUCAACUCAAUGUUAGAGUGGUUUUCUCUCUGCAACCUGUUCCCAUAAAAACGGAAAAUGUUAUCAAGAAGGUAAAGCAGAAGUCAUCUAAAGAUGAGGCAAAGUCAAAACCUUCAAAAGCAAAACAACCUGCUGCUACCAAGCAUACUAAAAAGGUGAACAAUAGAUGUAAGCUAAAAAUAGAAAAUGCAGAUCUAGCAAAUGGAGCAUUACUGCCAUCCAGACAGCUGAGAACAAAAAAUGAGUCAAGAAGGACAAGCGCUUCCAAGGUUGUUAGUAAAGAUGGUGGUUCCACAGAUGUCAUUGUCCUAUCAGAGGACAAUGACUCUGAACGUGACUUAAAGGUCAACAAUGACAGAGAUUCUGAUGAAAAUUGGACGUUUGUGAAGAGUGGAUGCUCAACAUCUAUGGAUUCAGACAGUGAUUUUGAACCUGAAGUCACAAACACUUCCAGAGGUCCAAAACUCAGUGCGAAGAAGAAGUCUAUAUUGUCAAAGAAGGGAGUUUUGUUUAAUUCUGAAAAGAGUGUUGAGGUCAUUGGUGAAAAAAAGAAAACAUUUCAAAGUGGAUCUGAUGUAUGGGUUGAGGUUUUCCUUGAGUCAAACAAAAAGUGGGUUUGUAUAGAUUGCAUGAGAAGUAUUUUGAACUGUCCGGGAAAGUGUGAAAAAUAUGCAACUCAGCCGUUGGUUUAUGUCCUGGCAUUCUCUAAAGAUGGAAGCAUCAAAGAUUUAACCCAGAAAUAUGCAUCCAAGUGGACACACACCAUGAAGCUACGGAUUGACUACAUUGAACCAAAAUGGUGGCAAGCGACCCUUAAACCAUUCAGAACAAAAGAUAAGAAACAGGAAGAAACAGAAGAUCGUCAGUUACAAGAAAGCUUGUUGAAUAAACCAAUGCCCACUUCCAUCAAUGAUUUUAAAAACCAUCCGUUGUAUGCACUAAAGAGACACCUGUUAAAAUUUCAGGCGAUUUACCCAGAGUCAGCAACCAUCCUUGGGUAUUGCCGAGGGGAAGCUGUCUACUCGCGGGAUUGUGUCCAUGAGCUUCAUGCAAAAGAGGCAUGGAUGAAGCAGGCAAGAGUUGUACGCAUUGGAGAGGAACCUUAUAAAAUAGUGAAAGCUAGACCAAAACUGCGUCAGAAAAAGACAGGUGAAAGUCCACCACCGUUGCCAAUCUACGGUUACUGGCAGACAGAAGAGUAUAUGGCAAUGCCAGCAGUUGACGGUAAGAUUCCACGUAACGAACAUGGCAAUGUGGAGCUGUAUAAACCUUGUAUGUUACCAGCAGGAACUGUGCACAUUCAGAUUAAUGGUCUGAAUAAAGUAGCCCGGAAGUUGGACAUAGAUUGCGUGCCAGCAGUUGUGGGAUGGGACUUCCACUGUGGUUUUAGUCAUCCAGUUUUUGAUGGAUUUGUUGUUUGUGAGGAGUUCAAAGAAAUUUUAGUGGAAGCAUGGGAACAUGAGCAGGUCCAGAUUGAAAAGAAGCAGAAAGAGAAACGAGAACAAAGAGCCCUGAAGAACUGGAGGCAUCUCACGAAGGCGUUGCUGAUCCGCGAACGUUUAAAAAGGCGUUAUCAAAGUUCAUACGAAGAUCCUGAUCUACCAACCAGUCAGAAUGAAACAGUUGCCGAUGUCAAUAUGUCGUGGCCGAUGAAUAGAAACAUGCAAUCUGCUAAAGACACGACACAUUUAUUCCCAUUUGAAAAGUUAUAGUAUAGAUAUCUGUAAAAAGAAAAUGGGCUAAUCCAUACUGAUGAAAAUACAAGAAAAUUGCCUUCAAAUAGUAUGUGUAGAGCACAAAAAUAAAUCACUUGGUUGUUUUCAAUUCAAUUUCAGAGUUGAUCGUUAAAUAUUAUCUCUGAUGUUCAAAAUCUGCAAGAUAUAAACAAUCCAACAUAUAACAUACGUUAUAUGUCGUUGGCUUAGCAGUGGUACACUACUAAGUCACUCAAGCGUGACAACUAAACUCGCGUUGUAAGAACACUACAAUAUCACAGAGUUUACGAUUUUCUUUCACUCACAACCAGUAUUUAUAAUCUACCAUGCCUUAAAACAUCAAUAAUCCACUGCAGUUAACGAUUAAGUGUUCAUUAACAAUUGAAAUAUACUCAAAUCAUAAAUAAAUUAUACGGUAGCCUAAACCCGGCCUUGAUGCAACACAGCUUUAUGUCCUAUCUACAGAUGAGUGCAUGGCUAUAGCAAAAAAAAACUGCCUAACUUAACAUCGCCAACUUGCAUGGUAAAACAAUCAUUACCUAUGAUUCUACAAUUAUCGAAAUUAAGCUAAAAAAUCAUUGACUAUUCACGCUGGGUCCAUCGGAUGUUUACCAACUGGCCUCUCACUUGCGAGGAUCACCGCUUCAAACAUGGCGGCUUGAAGUUCACUAAAGGUAAGUACCUUAUGGUACCUUAUGUUCUUGACUAUUCUCUGUAGUAAUUAAUAAAAGUAAUUCUUACUCCUAAAGUGAGCCCUAUCAUGUACGCUCUUGGCAUAUAACUUCAUAAAUGCACGAUCAUAUGGUAACAAAGGCACUUCUUCCUUAAAUGCAACAAAGUGAACAUGACUCCUGAUCCUUCCGCCCAUGACAAUCAUUCCAUCUUCAUGGAUCAUUGGGCUUUAUCAAUAUGAGCCUUGUCUUUUAUCAGCAGUGUCAUCAUUGGUUUCUGUGAUUCCUUUAUCCAGAAGUUUUCUGCCUGUUUCAGAACCUUUUUUACAGUGAUCUUUCCUGUUGCACUGCUCAAUUUUUUCUUUUCAUAUAUAAAGAGAACUCUUCCAGUUUUAAUACUCUCAGUAACUUUUGGUAACUGCUACGUCUGCCAGCAUUUAUUCCGUUAGGUAGUGACCACCCAUUUUACUCUUUCUGGAAAGUUGUCAUUAAUAUUCUGUUCAAUAGGCCACUGUUCAAUUGGGCAUAUCAGAAAUUCUGGACCACACUACCAGCUACUGCAAGACCCAAUUGUAAUGACUUUUUAAAUAAAAGUAGUAGUAGUUGUACAAACUCGCAACAACAUAGAGCAUAGCUUUUCGUUAUAGCACUAAAAGAUGCCCUUAACUUAUCUUUCGCCCUUUGUUUUCUCUCUUUUUACUUCAUUACGAAAUCGUUAAAACUGUUCCUAUUGCUUUUUCUAAUUAUGUUAAUUUCUUUCCAUAACUCUUUCUAAUCCCCCUUUCCUUUGAAUCACAUCACAUUUUAAAGUCUCUGGGCAGCUGAAUAAAAGUUACUAGGUGGUAACUGAUGUUUAGUAUCAUUCCAGAGAAUUUUAACUAGUCCUACACAGGUCCAUUCUAACUAUUAAUUUAACUGUUUGAACUUUGUUGUGUUGUAGUAUUAUAAAGGACUAGAAAUAAAUUAAUUUACUCGCAAAAUGUAACUCCGUGUGUACCUUUAUUCAUGACGACUUCUGAAUUUAUAACGUUCGGCUACCACAUUUAGCUUGGGUGUGAAAUGAUUAUUUAACUUAUCAAUGGCAACUUCAUAAAUAUCAAAAAGAGCUGCAUUACUGUCCUGAGCUUGUGCCAGGUGAGCGGCCACAUCAUUAUCAGGGAGCGAGUGAUAUAUUCGCUGUCCCUCCGUUCCUAAGCAAUGUAGAAGCAAUGCACGUUUUCUUUCCACACUGUAGCAUGUAGCUGCUGAUGCAACCAUGUAAGUUUCAAACAUACCUCUCCACUGUUCCCAAUGCACGGGAGGAUUUCCUGGAGUUUGUAGAAAAAAUGGAGGCGGUGGAAUCGAAGCCAUAAUCCCGUCCUCGUCGCCAAAUUGUUGUGUUGUAGUAUUAUAAAGGACUAGAAAUAAAUUAAUUUACUCGCAAAAUGUAACUCCGUGUCUACCUUUAUUCACGACGACAACCUGUCUUCUUCAUUAUACAUUACAGUACCUGCCAACAGAGGGUGCUAGAUUAUUUCUAGACACAACAAACUUCCAUUGUCUCAUAGAACAGUAAUGUGUACAUGUUUUGUACCAUUUUUUUGCUGCCACUGGAAUUAUCCUUAGUGAUACAUUAUUUGUUUGCACCAUGUAGUUAAGUGGCCUUUCUUUAGUGUCAGAGAUUCUUUGAAGCUGCCUGACUUAACUAGUUACAUUUGAAUUGGUAAUGUUACAUUGAUGCUCCCCUUCCCUGGGAGACUCCCUUCGGUUUUGUCUUAAACAAUUCUUUGCUAUAUGGUUUCCCAGACUUUUAAAGCAAAAAAAGUCUAUUUUUUGGCCUUGAACAUUGAACGUUCCCUUAACCUACAUGAUUCAUUACAACAAGGACAGUUACUUUGCUGAUUAGGCUUAUUUGUAGCACCAUGAUAAUUUGUUUUGGCCUUAAAUUUCAUGUCACCUGGAUUACUGUGAUAGGUCUUCUAUCUAGUUACAGGUUUAGAGUUUUUACAACUUUAGAUGUCUACCAAACAUGUAGUACUUGUUAUCUUUGCUUGUUUUUCAAUAAACUCUAACAUAUCAUGAAGUGUUAUAGUUCAUUUUUCUCUACAAUUCCAUGUGCUUUUGACACCCAUUUAGCUUGUAUCACUCUCGGAAGUAAGACUUGCACUUGUAGAAUGUUAGAAGUACUAUUUAAGUCGCAUGUAUAUCGUAUUUGGUUUAGCGUUAUUUCACAUUGUUUCAUAUCCCCAACUAGUUUCCACAAACCAUUAUUAUCUCCUAAACUUAUCGGUUUUCGCUUAGUUAAUUUAUACCCUAUUCAGACUAGACUUUGCAUUGCAAGCAGUUGCGAUAUAAUCAGUGCUAAACAGUUGUAAUCCAAAUUAUUCGCAACCAUUCGCAAACUUCGACAGCAUUCAGACACCUUUUUACUUUGAUACAUUACAUCACUAGCAACGAUAUAGGUCAUCCUGUUUUGUUUGACCUCAGCCAAUCAGUGCAUGUGGAAUCCGUUGCGAUUGGAUUCCGUUGUAAUCGGGAGUAAUAAAGAUUGUAGCACCCAAUUGCGAUGGGUAACAAUUGAAAAACGAUUACUUAUCGACUACUAUUGGUGAGCUUUCAGACACAAUUUUACUUUGCGAUUGGGUGCAACAAUUGCUACAACCGAUCUAGUCUGAAUGGGGUAUUAGUCAUUAGGGAAUGUAACACCAAAUGAGGUUGGCCGAACUGAGUCUUUAAUAAUAUGCUCAAGGCCUGAUCAUACCCUUUAUCCCCUUAAUGUGCACACUUCAAUGCAAGCCCUAGCCUCACCAGUACAGAACUGCACAAGAUAAUGUAACUUAAUUUG